AUGAGUAUCAAGAAGCUUCGCCAUGGCAACGGUUCGUUUCUAGAUCGCUAUGUAGAUGAUAUGUUCGGUGUUGGGAAUUUUGAUGAUGAGGAAGACCCUGGAGAUAAGCAAGAGGAGCCUGAUGUUAGGCCAGCACCUGCAAAUGAUACGCUUGUAGAGCAGAUUGAGAAAUCGGCCAAUGAAAGCGAAGACAUUCUACGAAUUCUGGUUGCUAGUGACAUUCAUGUCGGAUAUGGAGAGAAUAAGCCAAAUCUUCGGUUUCAUCGCAGGCAGCAAACAAGGCUGGGCAUGAGUGGCACGCUGAGUGUCAAUGAUGAUGUCUACUGCGCAUCAUAUCUGAAUACAAUCUGCGAGCCGAUCCGCGCCACUGCUACGGACGUUGUUGUACGUGGUGAUCUUUUCCACGAAAACAAUCCAUCUCGCGAUAUGCAGCAUCGCGUUAUCCAGCUACUCCGUCAGUAUUGUCUCAAUGAUAAAGAAGUGUCUCUAGAGUUUGUAUCGGACGCAACAGUAAACUUCGAUCAUAGCCGUUUUGACAGGGUCAACUAUGAGGACGCAAAUAUCAACGUGGGUUUGCCCAUUUUCUCCAUUCAUGGUAAUCAUGACGACACUGCUGGGAAGGGUUUGACUAUUCUUGACGUGCUGCACGAAGCUGGUUUGGUCAACCUUUUUGGGAAAUUCGCUGAUAUUGACCAGUUUGAUGUCAGUCCAAUCCUGUUGCGGAAGGGCUCAACUCGGGUCGCACUAUUUGGUAUUGGAAGUCAGAGGGAUGACAGACUGUGUAGAGCAUUUGCAGGGCACACCAUAAAGUUCCUCAGACCCCGUGCUGGAUACGAUGACUGGUUCAACAUCCUCGUUCUGCAUCAAAAUCGUCCCAAGAGAUCUACGCAUCGGUCCACGGGUGCUUAUUUGCCAGAACAAUAUAUUCCGACCUUCUUUGAUCUCGUACUAUGGGGACAUGAGCACGAGAGCAAGCCUCACUGCCAAUACGUCGCAUCAUCCGAUGCAAUGGGCGAUGGCUUUUAUAUCCUGCAGCCUGGUUCUACUGUAGCAACCUCGCUGACAAAGGAGGAAGCUCUACAAAAGAACGUUUUUUUGAUUAAGUGUUGUAGUGUUGGUAGCCAAUUGAAACUCAUUCAGGUCAAAGGCCGAAAAUUCCAAUGCAAACCCAUACCUCUACAGACGACCCGUCCUAUGCUGGUCGAUGAAAUCAUUCUCGACACCCUCCCAGACGGUGUGAGGUUACCAGCUAAUGGUAUAAGACCUGCUGGAGGAGGAUUUGUUUUGGUACGCCCAAUCUAUCCACCAUCUUUUGGGUGA